AUGACAAAUUUAUUAAUGAAACAAAAAGGAAACUGCUCGACAAAAGGAAAUAAAGGUCUGAUGCAAAGAACCGUCAAGAACGUGUACUCUAUAUGUGAUGGUGUAUUAAUGUACGCUCAAAAAUGCGAAACUUGGCCAGAAGUGAAAAUACCAUGGUUCCAAUUGCAUAUCGAUUUUGCAGACCCAGUAAAUGGAUAUUAUUACUUAAUAGUAGGGGACAGCUACACAAAAUUGCCCGAGGUUGCGAGGUGUAAACGAUCAACCUCAUGUACAGUAAUAAACUUUUUACACGAGCUGUUCGCAAGAUUUGGCGUACCGGAUAUAAUUGUCUUUGAUAACGGAACACAGUUUGUAUCAUGGGAGUUUAAAGGAUUCUGCGAGAUGUUCACAUUAGAACAUAAAACUAUAGCAACCGUAUCACCCUAG